GACAAAACGAAAGAGAGUGGUAUGAGCUAACCAAACUCAAUAUCUCACAAAACCUUCAAAGCUUUGAUCUUCGAAUCCAUUAAAUAUCCGUAUUAGCUGUUAGGGAAUGCUUUCCCUCCAAUGCAGCAGCAGGCAUCAUCAUCAUCAGCCACCACGCCGCCAAAAGCUUGACAUGAAUCGCCGACCAUGCAUCCCCGUCUCUGCCACCGUCGCCGCCUUCAUAUGCUUUCUGCAACUUCUCUUCCCGGCGGCCAAGUCCCAAUCCCAGAACAUGAAAACUGACCGAUACGUCUUCGGCCCCUUCGACGUCUCUUACUACACAACCUUCAAAGUCAUUCCUCCGGCGUCGAUCAACUUCGGAGCCCUCCAAGUAACUCCCGACACCGCCGGCAACGUCAACCUCACUGACACCUACGGCCGAAUCCUUUUCCGGAAACCCUUCAACCUCUGGGAAGACACCGGAAAAGUUGCUUCCUUCAACAGUUCAUUCCUCAUCAACGUCUAUCGCGUCAACAACGCCACUCCCGGCGAAGGAGUCGCCUUCUUCAUUGCCUCAUCUCUUGACAUUCCCCGAAACAGCCAUGGCCAAUACCUCGGCCUCACCAACUCCACCACCGACGGCAAUCCCGACAACCACAUCGUUGCAGUCGAACUAGACACCGUCAAGCAAGACUUCGACCCCGACGACAACCACAUCGGACUUAACAUCAACAGCGUCAAAUCAAAAACCACUGUCUCCCUGUCUCAAUACGGAAUGGAGAUCGCUCCAAAGGGUGCCAAAUACUAUGUAAUCUGGAUAGACUACAACGGUUCAAGCAAGGAAAUUAACGUAUUCAUCAAAGAACAACCUGACAGAAACGCACCUAUAGUAUCGAAACCUGAAGAACCAGUGUUAACUUCAGAUCUAGAUCUCAAAAACAUCGUGAAACAGAGCUCUUACUUCGGGUUCUCUGCCUCAACAGGAACAACCUACCAGCUAAACUGUGUUCUGAGAUGGAACCUGACAGUGGAGAUUCUUUCAGAAAACAAGAACAAGUCGCGAUCUUUGAAGAUGGGUUUGGGUAUUGGGGUGCCAUUGACGGCUUUGAUCCUGGUGGGGAUUGGUGGGUCAGUGUAUUGCGUUUAUAAAAAGAAGAGAAGAAGAAGGUUGGACGAUGAACAGAUACUGGGGACGUUGAAGAGCUUGCCGGGAACGCCGAGAGAGUACUCAUUCAAGGAAUUGAAGAAGGCGACGAAUAAUUUCAGUGAGAAGAACAAGCUCGGAGAAGGAGGGUAUGGGAUGGUGUACAGAGGGAUUUUGCAGAAAGAGAAUAACUUGGAAGUGGCAGUGAAGAAAUUCUGCAGAGAUAAGAUGAAAUGCAAAGAUGAUUUCUUGGCUGAACUCACCAUUAUCAAUCGUCUUCGUCAUAAGCAUCUUGUUCGGUUACUAGGUUGGUGCCACAAGAAUGGAGUGUUAAUUUUGGUAUAUGAGUUCAUGCCGAAUGGCAGCCUGGACAAUCACCUUUUCUUUGAGGAUGGAAAAAUUACAAGACCUCUAAGUUGGAACCUACGGUACAAAAUCAUCUCAGGCGUAGCCUCAGCACUUAACUACCUCCAUAAUGAGUAUGAUCAAAAAGUAGUUCAUAGAGAUCUCAAAGCCAGCAAUAUCAUGCUUGACUCUGACUUUAAUGCUCGCCUUGGCGACUUUGGCCUUGCUAGAGCCAUUGAGCAUGAGAAAACCUCAUACGCUGAGGUUGAAGGAAUCCAUGGCACAAUGGGGUACAUCGCGCCAGAGUGCUUCCACACAGGGAAGGCAACACGACAAUCAGAUGUGUUCAGUUUUGGAGCAGUUCUGCUAGAAGUAGUGUGUGGUGAGAGGCCCUGGACAAAGAAGGAAGGGUUUCAGUUACUGGUGGAUUGGGUUUGGUAUUUGUAUGGUGAAGGUAGGAUUCUUGAGGCUGUGGAUAAAGGGCUUGGGAAUGAGUAUGAGAUUGAAGAAGCAGAGAAAAUAUUGAAAUUAGGGUUAGCAUGUUCUCAUCCUAUUGCUGGUGAGAGGCCAAAGAUGCAAACUAUAAUGCAAAUUAUAAGUGGGGCUGUCCCUGUGCCUUAUGUGCCUCCAAGUAAGCCUGCUUUUAUUUGGCCAGCUGUGGAUUUUGGAAGCUUUAUUAGUGAUCUCACAACACCAUCUUCUACUACUGCAAACACACCUGUUCAUACAGAUUCAGAUCCUCUACAUUCAUCAAAGUGAAUGUUUGUGUGAUACAUUUGGAAAGAGAUUAUGAGCAUAAUGAUAGAGACAUAAAUUUAUACACAACUGUAUUUUUUUGUGUCAUCCUCUUGGGAUAUAUAAAUGUAUAAAUGUGGAGGAUCUAAUUUUUUGCUCACUUACAGUCUUGUGUGCUGAUUGAUCAUUUCCUCUUAUGGAUAGGUUGUCUCGAAUUAUUUGGGAUUUUAUGACACUUUGUAACAUUUUAGUAUAUAGAUUCUUUUCUUCAUAAAAGAAAUGGAUACUACUAUUAUGUCUGAAA